AUGCCCACGAUCCGGAUGAUCCUGGAGAAAAGUUGUGUUGGGAAGUUUUGGUUUACUAUUGGCGGGGAGAUUGAAUAUGAACAGUCGUUAGAAGAAGCUGCAAUGAGCAAGCUUCCUGAAGAGACUGGUCACAAAGUAGAUGAGGUGACUUCUGAAUUGGUGCUUAACGGUCCUGGGACAGUCCUUUAUGACGUCUUUUCUGGAAUUGGUCCAUUUUCAAUACCUGCUGCAGUUUGUGGGACUAGCGUUGUUUUGGCUAACGAUCUGAACCCAGAUUGUUAUUACUGGCUCAAUGAAAACAUUCGAAUUAAUCGUAAAGCUAGGAAUAUCUCAACCUACAACAUGGAUGCUAUAAAUUUUAUUCAGGAGAUAUUAGGUUCUUCACUAGAAAAAGUUUGGUUGGAUUUCAUACGGGGAGAAUCCUUUCGAAGAGUUUUGGUUUUAAUGAACCUCCCUGCUUCUGCAAUCGAAUUUUUGCCCUGUUUUAUUGGGAUUUGUAGCGUGGGGAUGAAAAAAACAUACAUCGAGGCUUCUGAAUGUGCUCGGAAUUUGAAUUUGUCUAUGAGAGAUUUGAUUCCGGUCGUAUAUUGUUACUGCUUUGCUCAAAAAUGUGCUGACGACUCUGAUGCUAUUAGAGAGAUUACGGAUGCUAUCCAUGAAAAAUUUGGUGGGAGGGGAAUUGAUAUUCUUGCAAUUCGACGUAUUCGGGAUGUUUCACCCAGCAAACUGAUGUUCUGUUGUGAAAUUCAUUUGACUUACUCUGUACUGUUUGAUGAUACUGUUAUUUGA